AUGGCAAGUGGGAAGGUUCUAUAUUCAAUAGCUGUGGUUGUUCUCGGCUUUAUUUGUUUUAUUGUUGGAGCGAUUGCUGUUGGCCUACCGACAUGGGGCUACUUUUAUAGCUAUGAUUCUGACAUUGAUCUCUCCGUGCAGUCAUAUUAUUUGGAGAACCCGCACUUCGACCAAGGAUACUACGGGCCAUGGCGCGUUUGCAAGAAGCUGCUGUACAACAGGGAGAAAUGCGGCACGGACGUCUCGAAAUUUCGACCGUCAACGGCUGUGUACAUUGCCGGUGUGGUCGCGGUGGUGGGUGUGACGGUGCUGGGCGUGUUCUGCGUGCUCUCCGUACUGCAGCUGGCGAUGAUAUCGUCCAAAGAGAAGGUCGGCCUGAAGUACACGCACCUAGUGAUGGUGAAGCUGGCCCUGGCGCUCCUAGCGACACUGCUCUCAAUCGCCGCAGCUGGCCUGUUCGCGAUUCAAGUCGAUGACAGGGGAUUCUAUCAAACGAGAGGAGAGGCGUUCUAUGUCCAGAUCGUCUGCAUAGUUAUCAAUUCAGUGCUGUUCAUAGUGUCGUUGUACGACACACUCUUCUCGCGACGUGUCGGUGGCGACCCGACCAAUCCCCAUCUGGAGCCCGACGGCACCACCAUCAACAACCCCGGAUUUAAAGAAGGAAGAGGCAUAUCAAUGACGGACGCCUCGGGCAAGCCGUACAGCACGAACGGGCACGGGAGCGUGGCCUCCAUGAACACGACGGCCACCACCCUGACGGGGCUGUCGGACGCCAGCACCAUCACCAGGUCGCCGCUCAGGUCCUCGCUGAAGAAGCCCAGGCCGAGGGAGGGCGAGCCAGGCGGCCUGGGCAUCCACAACCCUGGCUACUCCGGCCACUCGCCACCGCUCAACAGGAACGGCAGCCAGAAGAAGGUCCGCAUACAGACUCACAGCACCGAGGUU